CGUGAGGAUGGGGGAUGCCGCGGACCCCCGGGACGGGAAGAGGACGUUCAUUGUUCCGGCCAUCAAGCCCUUCGACCACUACGACUUCUCCAGGGCCAAAAUCGCCUGCAAUCUGGCCUGGCUGGUGGCCAAGGCCUUCGGGACAGAGAAUGUGCCAGAGGAGCUCCGAGAGCCAUUCUACACGGACCAGUAUGACCAGGAGCACAUCAAGCCGCCUGUGGUCGGCCUGCUGCUCUCCGCCGAGCUGUACUGCCGCGCCGGCAGCCUCAUCCUCAGGAGCGACGCCGCGAAGCCCCUGUUGGGUCACGACGCCGUCAUCCAGGCCUUAGCUCAGAAGGGCCUCUAUGUCACCGACCAGGAAAAGCUGGUGACAGAGCGAGACCUCCACAAGAAGCCCAUCCAGAUGAGCGCUCACCUGGCCAUGAUUGACACCCUCAUGAUGGCUUACACCGUGGAGAUGGUCAGCGUGGAGAAGGUGGCCGCCUGCGCGCAGCAGUACUCAGCCUUCUUCCAGGCCACAGACCUGCCCUACGACAUCGAGGACGCCGUCACGUACUGGAUCAACAAGGUAAAUGAACAUUUGAAGGAUAUAAUGGAACAAGAACAGAAAUUGAAAGACCAUCACGCAGUGGAAACUCCAGGCGGUCAGAAGUCUCCUUCCAAAUGGUUUUGGAAACUGGUUCCUGCUCGUUACAGGAAGGAGCAGACUUUGCUCAGGCAGCUGCCUUGCAUUCCGUUGGUGGAAAAUUUGCUGAAGGACGGCUCGGAUGGCUGUGCGCUAGCUGCCCUCAUUCAUUUCUACUGUCCUGGUGUCGUCAGGUUAGAGGACAUUUGCUUGAAAGAAACCAUGUCUUUGGCUGAUAGCCUCUAUAACCUGCAGCUGAUCCAAGAAUUUUGCCAAGAGUAUUUGAACCAGUGUUGCCAUUUCACCCUGGAAGACAUGCUCUACGCAGCUUCUUCCAUAAAGAGUAACUACCUGGUGUUCAUGGCCGAGCUUUUCUGGUGGUUCGAGGUCGUGAAGCCCUCCUUCGUCCAGCCCCGCGUCGCUUGUCCGCAUGGAGCUGAGCCUGUGGAGGAUCUGCCGUCAGGUCCUGUCUUGAAUGCUGCCCAGCGAGAUGCCCUGGAAAGCUCUGACCUCACACCAGGUGGGGAAGGAGCUGCAUUUACACAUUCUCGUCUCCAUUUGCCUUCCAGGCACUCACAGCCCCAGCCUCAUCCUUCAGCCUCAGGAGGAAUAAGAAGGUCUUCAUCUAUGUCCUAUGUCGACGGCUUCAUAGGGACAUGGCCCAAGGAGAAAAGAUCGUCAGUGCAUGGAGUUUCAUUUGAUAUUUCUUUUGAUAAAGAAAACACUGUGCAGAGAUCCACCUCCAACCGAGGAAUCACUCGUUCCAUUAGUAAUGAAGGACUCACCCUGAACAACAACCGCGUAGCCAAGAACAUCCGGAAGAAUCUGUCCUUCAAGCCGGUGAAUGGAGAGGAGGACACGGGGGGCAUCGCAGAGGAGCUCACGGGGGGCUCUCACGGUGACCUGACCACCUACGUGCCCCGGAGCGCAGGCGAGCUGAACUCCAGUGAGAACCCGUACUGCAGGUUCCCCAGCGGAGCACUGCACAACAGGGUGCUUCUCGACGAGCUCGGCAACCAGGUGGGGACCCCGAGCAUCGAGGAAGCCUUGCAGAUAAUUCACGACACCGAGAAGCCCGCCCACACCCCGAGGCCGGACCAGCUUGCCAACGGCUUCUUCCUCCAUAGCCAGGAGCUGAGCUUCCUGAACGCUGGCGUCCCGCGCAGCCAGUCCAGUCCUGAGAACGUAGGGGACACGCGAGGGGCCUUGAGUCCUGUCACAGACACCACGGAGGUGGACACGGGUAUUCACGUGCCCUCGGAAGACAUUCCAGAAACCAUGGACGAGGACUCGUCCCUAAGAGACUACACCGUGAGCUUGGACUCCGACAUGGAUGACGCGUCCAAAUUCCUGCAGGACUGCGACGUGCGUGCCGGCAGCGCCAGAGAGGCCUUGAGCCCCUGUCCCAGCACAAUCAGCACCAAGUCCCAGCCUGGGAGCAGCGCCUCCUCCAGCUCCGGGGUGAAGAUGACCAGCUUUGCUGAGCAGAAGUUCCGGAAGCUGAACCACACGGAUGGAAAGAGCAGCGGCAGCAGCUCUCAGAAGACCACGCCUGAGGGCUCUGAGCUCAACAUUCCCCACGUGGUGGCCUGGGCCCCAGCCCCUGAGGACGCAGGCCUCCCGCACGGCCGGGACACCACGCAGCUGCUGGCCUCCGAGGUGGUGCACCUGAGGAUGAAGCUGGAGGAGAAGCGGCGGGCCAUCGAGGCCCAGAAGAAGAAGAUGGAGGCUGCGUUCACCAAGCAGAGGCAGAAGAUGGGGAGGACGGCCUUCCUCACCGUGGUGAAGAAGAAAGGCGAGGGGGUCUCCCCGCUGCGGGAGGAGGCGGCGGGCGCAGAGGACGAGAAGGUGUACACGGAGCGGCCACGGGAGAAGGAGCCGCAGAAGGCAAAUGGGCCGAGGAGCAAGUCCCCAGCGGACCCCAAGGAGGGCAUGGAGAGCCCCGCGGGCAGGUGGCCAUCGGGCCCGAGUGCACCCGGAGACCCCGAGGGGCGGUGGAGCCCGGCCGGGCCCGCAGAGGAGCCGCCGCAGGACGGCGAGCUGCUGGAGCACACGCGCUCCAUCGAAAGGCUCAACGCUUCCCUGCAUGCGCUGCAGCGGGAGAUGCGGCGCCUGGCGCUGCAGCAGGAGGCCCUAAUGCACAUGCGUGAGCAGCAGGCCUGGGUCAUCUCCCCACCACCGCCCUCCCCACACCGGCCGGCACGCGAUGCACCUCGCCCAGCCCACCCAUCCCCGCAGGCCGUGCCCAGGAAGAGUGCGUCCUUCUCUGUCAAAAAUCAAAGGACUCCCAGGCCCAGCGAGCUCAAGAUCACACCCCUGCACCGCACGCUAACGCCCCCGCGGUCUGUGGACAGCCUCCCGCGGCUCCGGAGGUUCUCCCCGAGUCAGGUCCCCAUUCAGACGCGGUCCUUCGUGUGUUUGGGUGACGAUGGAGAGCCUCGGGCCCAGGAGUCCGGGCGCAAGGACGGGGCGAAGGAGGAGGAGGAGGGGUCGGCGGGGCCUCCGGAGCACGGGGAGGCCCGGCCCCUGCCCUCCGCAGCCCCCGAGGGCCCGGCCGCCUUGGCCUCGGUGGCUACACGCCCCGCACCCAGCGAGGACCCCCCAAGUCAGCCCACAGAGCUGCCUUCCAAACCCAGUGUCCCGCCGGCUGCUCCUAAAAGUGUUAAUCUGAUUGAAGUCUCCCUCUCAGAUUUGAAACCCCCUGAAAAGGCUGAUGUAUCUGUUGAAAAGUAUGAUGGAGAAAGUGAUAAAGAACAAGUUGAUGAGGACCAGAAAGUAUGCUGUGGAUUCUUUUUUAAGGAUGAUCAAAAAGCAGAAAAUGAUAUGGCCAUGAAACGGGCAGCUUUGUUGGAGAAACGAUUAAGAAGGGAGAAGGAGACUCAACUUCGGAAGCAGCAGCUGGAAGCCGAGAUGGAGCACAAGAAAGAGGAGACCAGGCGCAGGACGGAGGAGGAGCGGCAGAAGAAGGAGGACGAGCGGGCGCGCCGCGAGUUCAUCCGGCAGGAGUACCUGCGGCGCAAGCAGCUCAAGCUCAUGGAGGACAUGGACACCGUCCUCAAGCCCCGGCCUCAGGCGGCCCGGCAGAAGAAGCAGCGGCCCAAGUCCAUCCACAGGGACCACCUCGAGUCCCCCAAGACGCCCGUGAAAGGCCCCCCAGUCUCAAGCCUUUCUCUGGCGUCACUGAACAUGGGCGAUAAUGAGAGCUUGCACUCAGGGAAGAGGACCCCGAGAUCAGAGUCUGUAGAAGGCUUCUUGUCUCCGAGCCGGUGUGGCAGCCGGAACGGUGAGAAGGACUGGGAGAACGCAUCCACCACGUCGUCCGUGGCCUCAGGGACGGAGUACACAGGACCAAAGCUCUUCAAAGAACCCAGUGCAAAAUCCAAUAAGCACAUAAUACAAAAUGCUUUAGCUCAUUGCUGUUUGGCUGGAAAAGUAAAUGAAGGUCAGAAGAAAAAAAUACUGGAGGAAAUGGAGAAGUCAGACGCCAACAACUUCCUGAUCUUAUUCCGGGAUUCCGGCUGCCAGUUCAGGUCUCUGUACACUUACUGCCCAGAGACUGAAGAGAUCAGUAAACUGACUGGGAUCGGCCCUAAGUCUAUCACUAAGAAGAUGAUCGAGGGCCUUUACAAAUACAAUUCUGACAGGAAACAGUUCAGCCACAUACCUGCUAAAACUUUAUCUGCCAGUGUUGAUGCAAUUACCAUUCACAGCCAUUUGUGGCAGGCCAAGAGGCCAGUGACGCCCAAAAAACUGUUACCCACUAAAGCAUAGGAACUGGGAGAUACCUGCUUCUGAACAUUCAUGGUAAGUUUGCACUUCAUUCCUCCUGCCUAUAGAAACCCUUUCUAAUUGCCAACAGACUUUAUUCAUUGAAACUGAACGUUCAGCCCUGUUGUCAUGACAACUGGAAUGUAGACCACAGUGUUGGAGUGCAGGAGACGCACCGAGGUGACAGGCCAGCUGAUGGCGGGCGUCUGGCUCACAGGUGGAGGUUUGCCUGCUGCGUUUUCGAUACAGCAAAGCACUGAGUUCUCACGGACACUAGUUGACGGAUGGCUAGGAUUACCAGUUGUGUGUUUUGUUUGUUGCUUGUCUUUUUUUUUUCCCAACUUGUUAAUGUAUAUGAGUGUCUUCAGAUGGUUUAUUUUGCUAUUUUUCUGCCCUGGGAGUUUGGUCCAGGAUAAUGUUUGUAUUUGGUUUCAUGUGGAGAUCACGGGAGUAGGAAACAGGCCCGCAGAGACACCUUGCGCUGUUCUUUACGCGGGGAGAAACACUAGUGCUAGUUUUCCAGUAACCCUCACGCUUUAGUGGUGUCAGAGCAUUUGCCGAAUUACCCUGCGAAGUGCUUACAGUUCUGUAUUUAUUACUCACUCAAGUAUUAAUGUUUUUCUAUGAAACAAGAGGAGUUGUUGUAAAGAGCUGCUAUAGUUCACUUAAAACCACACAAGCUUAACCAAGAAGAUGUUAUAAGAAGUUGCUGUUAAAUCAGUGCUGUUUUUACACCACUUCUGGCCAACUCAGAAUAAUUUAGAUUGUUCUUUUAACAAAAAGGCUUUCUGUCUCUUUUGAAACAUGUCACUUUAUAAGCUGGCAGAAAUGAACGACACUUUGAGAGUAGUCUGAACCUGAAGAUGGAAGACUUCCUGCCACAUGCUCUCAAGAGGUCUUUCCGUUGUAUUUAUAACUGAUAAAAAAGUUAUAUUUAGAGUUUUUAAACAUGUACAAAGGGCUACGUUUUAAUUUUAAAAUAGCUUCACAUUCUUUCACUGAUACUGAGUUUUUCUUCUUUUUUUUUCCUUUUCAAGUGGGACAGCUUAGAUUAAGUACACACUUGAACUCUUCCCUACGUGAUCUUUGUUCCUUUAACAGUGCAUACCAGAGGGUUAGUUGGGGAAAAACUUCAUUCUCAGGAAAUGACUUGAAUGAUUCUGUGACCCUGUUAUGUUUCAGUGUUGUGACAACGUGUAAACUUAGAGGGAAAAGACAGUAUUGUAGCAUAUAUGAGAUGCAUAGUCUGUUUUCUUUAAUGGGAAGUAGAGACUAAAAUAUAUGCAUUUCUCUAAUUGAGCUGUUCAGAGAAAUAACUAAUAUCUCAUAUGAUGAUGUAUUCACUUGUUUUUUUAAAGAGAGUAGGAGUGAGGUGUCCCUGGACUGUGCUUCUCUCUUACUAUGAGGCCUUUGGCGCCAGUGCACCUGGGCUAUCAACAUCUUCUCAAAUGCUGUCAAUAUUUUACUGUAAUUUAUGUUCUUAUAUUUAUGUAUAUUUGUUUAAACUGUAAAAAAGAAGAUUUCACAGAUUUUUUUCCAAUACCUGUGCAAGAUAUAUGUGUAGCUCAGAACUAUUUGUGAUCUGCUGUUUGCAUGUAAAAGACCAGGAUAUAUGUAACUCUUAUAUUUUAAGUGUAUACAUAUUGUGUAUAUAAUAUAUGAAGAUUACAACUGAGGGAUUGCACAUUUUACCUUUCAGACAACCAUUUCGGUCACAAUUAGAAGGAAAUAAUUGUCAAAUAGAUUGACUAGUUUAAAAAAAUCGUAAGUGAAUCUAAUAAAAAUGUGGUAAUAGUCAAAAGGAGAGUUAACAAGCCUUCAACAUUACUAAAUUUGUUCUUUUUAAUCAGUGGAAUUUCCCUUAUCAAAGCAAUCUUCUUGGUGAUAUUACUUGGCCAUUAAAUUUUUUUAAACUGGAUGCAAGACAAUGGAGGAAGUAACUGUGUAAGACCAGACAGGACCACCCUUUAUUCUCAAAUCUGUGUGUGUCCAGUGAUGUCUGUAAGGUUUAAAGGUAGAAUGUGAAUAUUGCCACAAAAGUUCCUUGCUCUCAGUAUGAUGUUUUACUUUAUUCAUGCAGAAAGAAUAUGGAUAUAUUUAAGUCUGUGGAUUUUUUUAAAUUAUGUUUUUAAAAUUAUACAAAUGAGAAUUAUGCUAUUUCAUAAAGUCUGGAGAUAGUCAUCAACUUAUUGAAACACAUUGGUGCUUCUCAUCAUUGGAGGUCACGUUGGAUAAUUACUUAGUUAAGUUUGCGGCCUGUCGGAUUCUGCCAUGUGACAGGCGUUGGAAAGCUCUUCAUUCCCCUCAGCUGCUCAGUUGUGUUAUGACUGUUACAGUUCAGUUGGCUGUUUUUAAAGCCAAAUCCAGCUUUUUAAUUGUGGUUCCGUGGAACUUGGGGCGAUGGACAGUGUGUGCUUGCUGUCCACUCUGGAGCAUUGCUUACAGGUUUUUUUACGAUGCUGUGCUGUAAAAUACUGUCAUAUUUGCUACUUCCUGGUGCAGUGUAGUUUUUCCCCUUUCAUUUGAAUAAAAGCAUGGCACCAAA